AUGGAAAUAGAGAAACAAAGUGAGGAAAGUGCAUUGGUCAAAUAUUAUAAGCAUAAGAUAGAUCAAAUGACAUACGAGUAUUCGAGUGAGUUACAAAAUCAACGAAGAUUAAUUUCUAAAAGAAAUCAAUUAAAUGACCAAGUAAGAAGAAUGAAAGAAGAACUUCAAUUACUUUCGGAACCAUCAUGUUCAGUUGGAGAAGUUAUCAAAGCAGUAGGAAAAGAUAAGGUAUUAGUUAAAUCAGCACAAGAAGGCAAAUAUGUUGUCAAAGUAGAAGCAGGAAUUGAUAUAAAAUCAUUGAAACCAAAUCAACGAGUGGCACUAAAAAGUGAUACAUACAGUAUUUGUAAAGUUCUUCCUAAUCAAGUUGAUCCAUUAGUAUCAUUAAUGAGAGUAGAAAAAGUACCAGAUUCAACAUAUGACAUGAUUGGAGGAUUAGAUCAACAAAUUAAAGAGAUUAAAGAAGUAAUUGAGUUACCAAUCAAACAUCCAGAAUUAUUUGAAUCACUUGGAAUUGCACAACCAAAAGGUGUAUUAUUGUAUGGACCACCAGGAACAGGAAAAACAUUAUUAGCAAGAGCAGUAGCACACCAUACAGAUUGUACAUUUAUUCGAGUUUCAGGAACUGAGUUAGUACAAAAAUAUAUUGGAGAAGGAAGUAGAAUGGUUCGAGAACUAUUUGUAAUGGCAAGAGAACAUGCACCAUCUAUUAUUUUCAUGGAUGAGAUAGACUCUAUUGGAUCGAGUCGAAUUGAAGGAAAGUCAGGAGGAGAUAGUGAAGUACAACGAACUAUGCUAGAAUUAGUUAAUCAAUUAGAUGGGUUUGAACCAACAAAAAAUAUAAAAGUAUUAAUGGCAACAAAUAGAAUAGAUAUUUUAGAUCCAGCAUUAUUAAGACCAGGACGAAUUGAUAGAAAAAUCGAAUUCCCUAAUCCAAAAGAAGAAGCACGUUUAGACAUUCUUAAGAUUCAUUCGAAGAAGAUGAAUUUAGUUCGUGGAAUCGAUCUCAAGAAAAUUGCAGAACGAUUGGAUGGAGCAUCUGGUGCAGAAAUUAAAGCAUGUUGCACAGAAGCAGGUAUGUUUGCACUUCGGGAAAGAAGGUCUCAUGUAACACAAGAAGAUUUUGAAUUAGCAGCUGCUAAAGUAAUGAAGAAAGAUAACAAUGCAUCUGUCUCAUUACAACAAUUAUGGAAAUAA